CGGGAGUUGGUUGUGUCGGGUUUCUUCGGAGGGGAAACGCUAUUAAAAUAUCCACAAACAUUAUCUUUAAUUGGACAGAAAUUUGUGCUUGUGUGCGCCUGUUUUUUUUUCAUUGUGACGAUUUUUUAACUUUGAUAACAGCGGACGGAUUGUGCUUAGGAAUGAGUGACUGUGCAAUUAUUCAUAAAACAUGACAUCUAUAACGUGAUAAUAUUCGCAGCGUGUUUUUGAUUCACGAAUUCCCACAUAUGGAUAGAAAUCAACCAAAUUUUUAGUAUAAUCCCCGUUUUCUAAUUCGUUCUAAGACUUUACAGUGUUGUGUGACAAUUUGUGUUUUGUGAAGUGAUGCUGUGAUUGAAAUAUUGAUUAUUCCUAACAACCGCUCACAAAGCGGUCAAAAUAACAACCGAGCAUCCGAAAUCCCUCAAAAUUACCCGAAUUCAAUCCCCAAACACAAAACCGGCCACGCUGAGUUUCUCAGAUCCCUUCGGGCCUCCCCAGUCCGCGGACGGGGGGGGCCCAUCAACCCCCCAACCAGCCAUGACCACCCAGGAGGCGUUGGAGCACCAGCACCACCAUUUGGGGGGCACGCAAACCCCCCACGACAUCUCGAACUCCGCCAAUUCCACCCCCACGAAUGUCUCAUCUAAGUCCGCGUUCAUCGAGCUCCAACAGCACGGGUAUGGGUUCAAGGGGGGCUACCAGCAUCCCCAUCAUUUUGGGAGUCCGGGGGGACAACAGAACCCUCAUGAAGCGUCGGGAUUCCCCAGUCCUAGAUCGUUAGGUUACCCCUUCCCUCCCAUGCACCAGAAUACCUAUGGUUAUCAUUUAGGUUCCUAUGCACCUCAAUGCGCGAGUCCUCCUAAAGAUGAAAAAUGUGGCCUCUCCGAUGACCCCGGUUUACGGGUAAAUGGAAAAGGCAAGAAGAUGAGGAAACCGCGCACCAUUUACUCCAGCCUUCAGCUUCAGCAGCUUAAUAGGAGGUUUCAAAGAACGCAGUACCUGGCACUACCAGAGAGAGCAGAGCUCGCGGCUAGCUUAGGAUUAACGCAGACACAGGUGAAGAUCUGGUUCCAAAACCGAAGAAGCAAAUACAAGAAGAUGAUGAAAGCCGCCCAAGUGGGAGCACCCCCGCCCAACCUCGGCCUCCCGCCCGGCAGUCCACCUAACAACAACCAGUUGUUACAUGGUCAGUAUUUGGAAAAGAAAUUCCAAGGUGGUGGAGGCAGUUCUAGUGGCUCCCAGCACUCCCCUUCAGCGUACCAAAGUGGACCAACACAGGCCCACAGUCCCACGCCCAGUUCUACGCCAGUUUCAGAGUUGUCCCCCGGUUUAUCACCAACGGGGACUCCUUGGGACGUGAAACAGCCCCCACAGCAGUCUUGGGACGUAAAGGUUGGAUAUCCAAACUCGGGGCGGUCGCCGGACGGAAGCUGUGAUGUCAAACCCCACCAACAGUCGUGGGAUCCCAGGGUCGGUUAUGGUGCGCCUGGAGGUCCAUGGGACAUGAAGGGUGCGCACGCACAUGCUUUGCAUCAUCAGGCGGCGCCGCAGCCGCACCCACCCUACGUGCCGCAGUACUCUUGGUACCAACCCGAAGCCAACCCAGGAUUACUGACUGAAAACGGCCUAGCCUUAUUUCAUCGCAUGGGCUUGAGGAGCCAAUUUCUAGGACCAAAUGAACAAAGCUAUGACAGCUGAAGCUCUGUUUAGGCCUAUUUAUUGAGCUGAGGAACAGAACAAACCGACAAUCCAAACUAAUAUAAAAAAUCGAAUCGCUAAUGACAUACGUCAAAUAUCAUUUCGAAAUAGACAAAGAUUUAUAAAUAUAUAGACAAUUUGAACUGUUAGGUCGUUCCGUUGCUUAGUUUAUUGUUAUUAAGUGGUUUCGUUCGAAUUUUCCUUGGUGUGAUACACAUAACACGAUGUCAUACUGUUGCCAUGACAACAGUGAUAACUGGUUGUAUUGUGUUAAACUGUCACAUCAAAUACAAAAUUACCAAUUUCAAUAACUUUUUACGAUUUCAUUAGUGACUACCGAACGGAUUGUUACAGGGUUGAAUUCUGUAAAUAUAGCUGGAUUUUUUAUACUUCUGGUUAUUGAAAAUGGUUAAUUUAAUAUAAACUUUUACAAUGGCACACGUUAAACAAUAGUAUUUUUGUGGUAAUUUGGUCAAAAAUAAAUAUUUGGGGAUUCGUAUAAUAAUCAAAUUAUUAAUUAAAAAAUUAUUUGUCAACAGGGUCUGGCCUGCGGUCUAACAUCGUUGGGUACCUAAAAGAAAAUUGAGAAAAGUGGAAAACAGCCUUAAUUGCCACAGAUUAUGUAUGCCAUUGUAAUCGUUUUAUACAGGCAAUGUUUAAAUGUAUAGUUUAUAUUAUUUUAUUAGGCGUGCAAUAAUGUACAUAUUAUUAUAAAUUCCCAUUUUAUUUGCAUCUUGCUAAGUACAUUGUAAUGGACAAUUUUUCAUAAUGGGCCUACCGCAAAACCGAUAAAAAAUUAAUAUGACAAAUGAUACCUUCAUUCGAUUCGAAAAAAAAACCUGACAAAAAUUUAAUAUAAUAAUUUAAUGUAAUAUUUUCUACUAUUUAUCAAGUUUUGCAAUCUAUAAUUUAUUCUUGCUUUUCCGGAUGGUAACGAAAACUGUUGGCCCUAAAAGACAUGUUCCCUAUGUAUAAUUGUCCAAACUAUAAAUUAGUACUAAAAGCAUCACACCUUGCAACGUUAGAUUGCGCAUGCGCAUUAUUUCAGUUUGUUGUGAGAAUUCACGAAGACCAAAAUUCGCUUCAAUUUUAAAAUGUCGCAAUGACAACGCACACGUAUUUUUAAAAGUUAACCUUAUUUUAAUUGAAAAACUAUCUUAAGCUUUAAAACAUUCGUCUAGAUACUAAAACGUCAGAGCUAAACACUUACAAAAUACUUUGUGAGGAAAGUUUUCUUUAAAAAAUCUUAUUUAGAUUACAAAGGAGCACACCAUAUCUCCCAAGAGCGAUCCUGUUUAAUACUUGUACCAAAGUUUUGAACCAUUAAAUUGAAUCUACGAUUGAACGAACUAUAUCAACAUUCGUUUUAUCUCAGAACCACUUCGACUUAGGCUCAUAUAAAGAGCGUACAAAUUCUUUAAAUGUGAGUAAAAAAAAAAACAAAAGUUUUUAUUUCAAAUAGGCCUUUGCAGGCUCUUAUGAAACGUCUAGUUGCACGGUUCCAAAAAGUGGGUCUCA